ACACUAAUUGUAUUUCCGGGAAAACUUUCAACAACGAUUUUUCUAAAAAAUGUAAAAAAUGAUUAAGAGAACGAAGUAACAAGAUAACAGAGCUUAUUCAUUAUGUCUGUGAUAAUAGAGACAUCUCUUGGAGAUUUUACGAUCGACCUGUUCACUGAAGAAAGGCCAAAAUGUUGUAAAAAUUUCCUGAAAUUAUGCAAAGUCAAGUAUUAUAACUUCUGCUUGUUCCAUUCUGUUCAGAGAAAUUUUAUAGCUCAGACUGGUGAUCCAGAUGGAAAUGGUAGAGGUGGAGAAUCUAUUUAUGGAACUUUAUAUGGAGAGCAAGCAAGAUAUUUUGACUGGGAGUUUGUUCCUAAAAUAAAACAUGUAAAAAGAGGUCUUGUUUCUAUGGUAAACAAUGGCAACAAUAUGCAUGGAUCACAGUUUUUCCUUACUCUUGGUGAUUCCUUGGACUACUUGGAUGGUGUACACACAGUAAUUGGUGAGGUCACCGAAGGGUUAGAGGUCAUCCAGAAGUUAAACGAAGCAUACUGUGACGAAAAAUUCAAACCAUUUAGGGAUAUCAGAAUACAUCACACUAUCAUAUUAGAAGAUCCUUUUGAAGAUCCACCAGGUUUAGAUAUGCCAGACAGAUCUCCAUCUCCUCCUCCAGCAGUUAUUGAGCGUGCACGUUUAGCUGCUGAUGCUGAAAUUGAUGACCUUGAAGGAAUGACAGAAGAAGAAAUAAGAGAAAUUAUGGAAGAGAGAGAAGAAAAAGCUAAUGCCCAGUUAUUAGAAAUGAUAGGAGAUUUACCUUCAACAGAUAUUACAGCACCAGAAAAUAUACUGUUUGUUUGUAAAUUAAAUUCUGUCACUACAGAUGAAGAUCUGGAAAUUAUAUUUUCAAGAUUUGGUCCAAUAAAAAGCUGUGAAGUUAUCAGAGAUCAGAAAACAGGAGAGUCCUUACAGUAUGCCUUUAUUGAAUUUGAAAAGAAAAAAGAUUGUGAGAGUGCUUACUUUAAGAUGGACAAUGUACUUAUUGAUGAUCGGAGGAUCCAUGUGGACUUCAGUCAGUCUGUCUCUAAACUUAAAUGGAAAGGAAAAGGAAAAGGUGUAGAAACAGUAAAAGAAGAUCCAAAGAAACCAAAAUAUAUAAUCAAAAAUAAAUCACAAAGACAAGACGAUAAUUAUGAGCUGGUAUUUGAAGAAAAUGGUGAUAACAAGACUUCUAAGAAGAAACGCAAAGACAAGUCACAUGACCUAGAUGAUGAAUACAGAAAUAAGAAAAAACACAGAAGUAGAUCUCGAAGUCCUGAUAGAAGAAAAUACAGGUCACCAGAGAGAAAUAGAAGAGACGAAAGAAUAAGAAGCAAUGACAGACGAGGCAGAUAUUCCCCACCAAGAUAUAGAGGAGAUAGAUACUCAUCGCCUACACGAAAUAGGGACAACAGGCAGAGGUCACCACCUAGACCAAGGGGAGACAAUUAUUUUUCACCUCCAAGAUAUUGGGAUGAUAGGAACUCUCCUCCAAGACAGAGAGAAAAACAGAUGGACAGACAUAGGUCACCAGCACCCAGGGAUAGAGGAAAAGAAGAGAGGAGUUAUAGCAGAUUUUCAGAAAAAGAAGGGUACAAAAAGACAGAUAAGAAAAAAUAUGAAAGUUCUGAUAAAGAAUUAUUAGAUAGACAGAAGGACAAAAAGAAAAAGAGACAUGAAAACAGUUCUGAUGAUGAAUCGAUGGAAAGACAGAAAAGUAAAAAGAAAAAAAGACAUUCAGUUAGUUCUGGAGAUGAAUCAUUAGAAAGACAGAAAAGUAAAGAGAAGAAAAGACUUUCAGUGAGUUCUGAUGAAGAUGAAAGAAAUAAGAGCAAAAAGAAGAAAACUAAGAAAAAUGACAGUUCAGAUGAUCAUGAACACAUUCAUAAAAAGAGGAAAAAGAAAAAGGAUCUGUUUUCAGAUGAUGGGGAUGACAAGGACAGUAAGAAUAGAAAGAAAAAGAAAAAGAAGAAAAAAUAUGAUAGUAGCUCUGAAGAAGAACCUGUAAAACAUUCCAAGAAAAAACAACAUAGAACAAAUUCAAAAUCCGACAGUGAAUCACCAAUAACUGAUAAAAAGUACAGCUCUGAUAAAUAUCCGUCUAAAUCUGUAAAAGACUAUAGAGAGAGUGAUGAGAGGAGAGAUAAUCAUAGAAAGAGAGAAAGAGAUGAAUAUAAGGGGAAAAGAAGGUAGCAUUUAAUCUUGUUGUUCAAUUGCGGCAGCUGUUUAGAGUAAAUCCUACAUAAAAAGAAAAAUGCAAUAAAAUACAAUAUUAGACAUAAA